UCCCAGUUUUCCAAACAGAGACCCUCUCCCAACCAAGAGAGCUUCAGAAGACUCCACACUCCGCCCCAGCUAUUGGGAAAGUCCUAGGCGGGGGAGGAGCCGCGGAACCAUUCCUGAGAAAGUUGGUUUGGGAGCAGCUGCUCUUUCACUCCCUUUGGUUCCUGCUACUGCCAGCCCGGGAUCUCGGCGAAUAUUAUUAGCUUGGGGGUGUGCUGAGUUUGAGAAGACUGGUGCCGAUUCUUUAGUCCCUUAGGUCUGCGGAAUACCCUUCCCAGGGAGUAACCAGCCAGCCAGAACUUCUGAUUGGAAAUUCAGUUACAGAGGCUCUUUUGUCCUGACGGGACCUUUUCUCAAGUGACAGAACUAGCCUGGCCAGCCAAACUCGCAAGCAGUUCCAGCAGGUGUCCCCCGAUCUUCCUCUAGACUCUUUGCCCAGAGGCGGGGGAAGGGGGGGCGGGGCAAAAUUGGCAUCCAGUCACAGUAGGUGGCUGCUGUCUGUGGGACUGCUGAGCCACCUGGGACGGAGCAGGACCGAGGCAGGAUGGAGUCAGACAGCAAAUCAGAGGAGCUUGGACGGCUCCGCUCCCUCUUCUUCGCCUGUGAUGCGAACCGCUCUGGGCGCAUCGAACGGGAAGAGUUCAGUGCCUUGUGCGCGGAGCUGAAGGUCCGGCCCGAAGAGGCCGAAGCGAUUUUUCAGCGGCUGGACGCCGACUGCGACGGGGCGAUCACCUUCCAGGAGUUCGCCCGCGGAUUUCAAGGAGCUAGCCGGCGGCGGCGGCGGCGAAGCUGGGGCGAGCGGCCGCAGCAGCUGGAGCUGGCACAGACUGCAGUUGAUAUGGACAAGGAACAAGAGGAGGGAGAGGCAGCGGCUUGGGCUGCUCCAUGGGGCAUGGAGAGCUUGAGCCAAGCGUGGAAUGACUUCCAAGUCCGGCUUGGGGAGGAAGCCAAGUUCAUUCCUAGAAAAGAGCAAGUUAGUGUUCUGUAUCAGAAUAUCAACCUUGUGGAGCCAAGAUUAAUUCAGCCUUAUGAACAUGUUAUCAAGAACUUUAUCCGAGAGAUCAGACUUCAAAGCACAGAGAUGGAAAACCUGGCAAUUGCAGUGAAAAGAGCCCAGGACAAAGCAGCCAUGCAGUUGAGUGAACUAGAAGAGGAGAUGGAUCAGAGGAUUCAAGCCGUAGAACACAAAACAAGGAAAGAUGAGAAACGAAAAGCUGAAGAGGCUCUAAAUGAUCUCAAACGUCAGUAUGAGGUAGAAGUAGGAGAUCUUCAAGUGACCAUCAAAAAGCUAAAAAAGCUGGAAGAACAAUCAAAGACCUUAUGUCAAAAAGAAGAUGUGGCUGCAUUAAAGAAAAGAAUUUAUGAUUUAUCAAUAGAAAAUCAGAAAGUUAAAAAAGAUCUUUUAGAAGCACAAACAAAUAUAGCAUUUCUUCAGAGUGAAUUAGACGCCUUGAAAAGUGACUAUGCUGAUCAAACUCUGAAUUCAGAAAGGGACCUGGAAAUAAUCAGAGAAUAUACUGAAGAUAGAGAUUGCCUUGAGAGGCAAAUUGAAAUGCUUCAAACAGCCAACAGGAAACUACAUGACAGUAAUGAUGGGUUAAGAAGUGCACUGGAAAACUCAUAUAGUAAAUACAAGCGUAUACAUAAUAUAUCACCAGGGAGCACGAUUUCUAGAAGCAGUCCCAAAUUUAAUGGUGGCCAUUCUCCUCAGAAUUUGCGGUAUGACAGGUCAUCACGUUCUUCCUACAUGGAUGAGGAUUGUGAUUCAUUAGCCCUCUGCGAUCCAAUGCAAAGGAUAAGCUGUGAGGUCGAUAGCCUGCCCGAGAGCUGCUUUGACAGUGGCCUGUCUACUUUGAGAGAUCCUAAUGAAUAUGAUUUUGAGGUGGAAGACAAGCAUCAAAGGAAUUUUCAAAGGUCACAGUGCACGCAGGAGAGCUUUGGGGGUGAUGCAUCUGAUACAGAUGUUCCAGAAAUACGAGAUGAAGAGGCUUAUGGUUCUGACAGCAUCAGUACAAUAUUAGACUGGAAACCCUCAGAAUCAGUUGUUGAAGGGAGAUUUGGUACUUCUGUAAGAAAGCCUAUAUCAGCCCUCUCACCACAGGCAAACUUGGCUGAUGACAACCAUCAAUAUCCUAGCUCAGAAAAGGCAUAUAGAAUUGUUCUUGCUGGAGAUGCUGCUGUGGGGAAAUCCAGUUUUCUCAUGAGGCUUUGUAAGAAUGAAUUUCGAGGAAACACAAGUGCCACUCUGGGUGUUGAUUUUCAAAUGAAGACGCUUAUUGUGGACGGAGAGCGUACAGUCUUACAGCUCUGGGAUACAGCUGGUCAAGAGAGAUUCCAAAGUAUAGCCAAGUCCUACUUUAGAAAAGCAGACGGUGUGCUGCUGUUAUAUGAUGUGACCUGUGAGAAAAGCUUCCUAGAUGUACGAGAAUGGGUAGAUAUGGUCCAGGACGCAGCACGUGAGACAAUUCCAAUUAUGAUGGUGGGAAAUAAGGCAGAUCUUUUGGAAACUGCUUUGGCUGAGGGACAGAAAUGUGUGCCAAAACAUUUUGGAGAAAAACUUGCUAUGAAUUAUAAUGCCUUAUUCUGUGAAACAAGCGCUAAAGAUGGCUCCAACGUCGUGGAAGCGGUUCUUCAUCUAGCUCGGGAAGUGAGAAAAAGAGCUGAUGAUGAUGAGUGCAAAUCAAUUACCAAAUUGACUGGGGCAGGUGGAAAAAAGUCAGCACAGAUGAAGAACUGCUGUAAUGGUUAAAUCAGAAAUUUUGGGACUUAAGAAAUCGUAUUUUUCUACAUCAUUAUUGUCAUGAGUCAUGGCACAGCUUAAACCGACUGCCAGAAUGUCAAUAGUUACAUAAAAUAGGUAGCCUGUGCCAUGGUUUAUUUCAUGGUAUUUCAUUAUGGGGAACCUCCCCCACCCCAAUCUUCCCCUUCUUUUCCUUGUGAUUAUGGGAAUCCAUAGAAAGGGUUUUUUUUUUCUAAUUUUUUUUUGGCCAUCCGUUACAUCCUGUAGUCAUUUCAGUAAAGUUUUACUAGACAAAUUGAUUUUCAAUAGCACUAAGUAACCUUACUCUCAUAUCAAAAGAGAAGAAACUCUUAUUUAGGUAGGUUUAUAUAAUAAAUUAUUUUUCCUUUACCUCUGACAAUAUUACUUGAUGUAUUUAAAUAGUUAGUGUAGUGGGAAAACAAAACAAAACAAAACACCUGAUUUGGGACUCAUGGUUAUGAUCCUAUCAUUUGCCCUAACACUGUCUAACUGUUACUUAAUGCCUUAGUGCCUCAAUUUCCUCAUCUGUGUAAAAAAUGUAAGUGCUGGUCGAAAUCUACAAGUUCCUAGCCGGUUUGAUAUGCCUAUGACUUCAUGGUUUGAAGUACAGAAUGAUUUAUCAUAUCUAUAUCCUUUAGGACAGAUAUAGCUUCUAGCUAUGAAGGUUCCAGCAAGUCAUUAUUUUGUUAUAGCUAUAGUAUUUCUCUCACUGUUAAAAAGUAAAGAGAAGUAUUUAUUAAAAGUUAAAAGUGAUUGAUAUGUCUCAGGCUAUGCUAUUAAUUGAAAAAUCAAUCUUUUUAUAAAAAGUAACAGAUUUUUUAAAAAAGAGAAUAUAUUUUUAUUCAUGGGAUUUAUGUCUAUAGAGGAAGAAAAAAGUUAUUUUGCUAUACCAGAAUAUAUUAUGUUUGUGUAGUAAAUUAAAGUCUUAGGUUUUAAUGGAAAAUAUUCCAAACUACCAGCAGGUUAAAUCCAAUUCCUCUCUUACACUACAAACAUCUAAAAAAAUUAUGAUUUGCUAGAUAUAUCACCCUGUAAUCUAAAAAAAUUGAAAUAAUAUUUUAGAAAAACACUGUUUGGUAGAUUGAACUUGUUCUUAGUCUAUUAGAAAAUUUUAAUUGUUUCAAAGAAUGAUAAAGCUGAAAUAUUCCAAUUUUAAUAUUAUUUGAAUUAGCCAUGUUAAAUAUGAAAAUAUUUAAAGAGACUAUAUAUAUUAAUCUAGGUAUCCAAAAUUGGUUCAUAAUGAUAUUUCUUAUUUUAAAAUGAGGUUUUAAAUUUUUUUAGCAUAAUAAUAAAUUAUAAAUAAUUCUUGUUCCCACACCAGAAAACCAUAAUAGAAUAUGUCCUGUCUUAAGAAAUGAAUAUGGGCUUCUGGUUUCUUUGAUGUCUAUGAAAGGAAAUAGGACAAAUCCCAGUAUGGAAGCUGAAGUGUUUACUUGGUAGAUAAAACAUAUCUGAUCUUAUGGUCAAUGAGGCUGAGUAAGACGGUCUCAAGAUUUUGUUUACAAUUAAUCUUAAAAAUCCUUACAUGUAGGGGAACCAGCUAUCUAUAGUAUUUAACUUGAACUGGAAAAGAGAAAGUGGGUCUCCAUUUCAGUUACCUGCUACAUAGAGCCAAAACACUAAUUCAAACAGAAAAUCUUACCUUGUCCUAGUUCAAGGCUUAUUAAUGAAAUUAAAAGGAAAAUAGCUUGCAGUGACAAGCAAUUUUUAGUAUGUUACCUAAAAAAGAAAAGCUCAUAGCUUGGAUUUUAAUCAGUAGCAGCAUAAGAUUGUGGUUUUUUAAAAAAAUUUUAAUGUACUAUUAACAGAUUUCGUUCUUAAAAGAUGAGUCUACUUUGAAGACAAAUUAGCUAGUUAAGUUAAAAUUUGUUUUUACUUAAGUUUAUUUUUUUGGCAUGAGCUAAAAUUAUCCUAUUUAUUAGAAUAAAAAUUCCAAUAAAUGCCAGUCUCUACUUUCCCUCUAGAAAACUUUCUUAUGAACUUUUCAAUCCUUAAAAAUACUGUUUGGGAUAUAUAAGUUGUGAUAGGUUAAAAAGAGCACUCUGCCCUGCUAUUAUGUAUUUUAAUUUUCAUAAAUUAAUUUUCAUAAAUAUGCCUACCAUCCUAACUUUGUAGAUGAUACCAAGAAUUUCUACUAGAUAAUUUGGACUAUAUUUAGAAUAUUCUAAAUUCUAAAAAACAGUGAAUAUUCCUUUCAUGAUUGAAAAUGGUGCACCAGCAUAAGAGCAAAUUUUGGGUCAGAUAAAAUGCCUUAUCUAUGUCAUAUUGUUUUAAUUUAUGUAUAAAUAUUUUAGUUUUUUUUUAAAUGUUCUUGCUGCUAUCCUUUGGCCACCUAAUGGUAUGACCUUCUUGUCUCUGACUGCGUUGAACAACUGAAGGGAUGCAUUUUAUGCAAAAAGCAUGUGUUAGGGCUUUGGCAUACCUAUGUUCAUUAUACCAGAAAGCUAUGUAACACCCCAUUUUAUGACACUUAUUUAUUUCCAAGAGAAUAUCUCUUCAUACUUACCUAAUAGUGUGUAAAUAAGAUUAUGUAUAUUAUAAAGAAGUAUUAUUUUUCUCCUUUGUUGUUUAUAGAGUCAGAAUGCUCAUUUAUUAUUAGCAAAAGUAAAAUAUGGCUGGAGUGCUAAAUGAACAAUUUGAUUCAAAGUGAAAUUUGGUGACAUUUUUAAUAAUGUGAUCAGAAUUUGAGACUUAAUAGCUAUAGUUACUUUUGUUGAAAUAAGACAAACAAACCAAAAUUUCCUUCUUGACUAAGGUGGAAAUCAAUAUCAGAAUAUAAUAUAGAUUUGACCAGAAGUAGAUGAACUAAAAAUUGUUUUUACAUCUAAAGACUUAUUUGUUUAUUGCCUUAAGAAUCAAAUCCAAAGUUGUGCAUAAUAACUUAUCCUUAUUUACUUUGUUUUCUUUGCAAGUUGUAUACUUGGCCCUAUUUAUUCAAUAAUCAGUUUUUUUUUCCCAUCCUGAAUUCUGGCAUUUUCAAUAGGAUUUAAGUUUCAUUCUGGAAGAUGCCUUAUAAGAAGAUAUUUUUCAAUCAUUGCUUUUGGCCCCAUUUUUCCAAAAUGUAUCUUUUUAAUCAUUUGAUCAUUUAAUACUCUGAUUUUCAUGAAUCUGAAUCCUAUAACUUUACUACUGAAAAUUUUCAUAUUUGUAUGGUGAUCAACUUUAGUAAUGUCUAUUUUAUACAUGAAUGUACAUAUGUAUAUAAGAAAUUUCCUAUGUUUAUAUGGAGCAGAUCUCAGUGUACUAAGUAAUCAUUUUAUGCAUUUAAUUCCUAUGGUUUAUAUUUUUACAACCUAGACUGAAUUGCUCUUCAAACUAUUAAAAAUUAUGCCACAAAGUAUACUUUUUAUACUAUUUCUUAUCUCUGUGGAGCCACAAAUAUGCUGUAUGUGUUGCAAAUUCAAUAAAGUGUUCUUAAUUGGC